AUGAAAAUCGACACUGGAAUUCUCAUCAACGCCCCCGCGUAUAUGGUUCGCGAGAAGAUCCUGGAUUUUGGCAAUUACAGCAGUUGGAAUCCAUUCUUUACUUCUAUCAAGGUUAUUGAAGACACCCAAAAUUCGAAAACCAAGGUUGGCCCGGGCACUCGUUUGGACGUGAGCAUGAAAGACGCGCAGAGUGGUAAUACCUCGAGUUUCCAGCCCGUUGUGUUGGCUAACGAUGUGGAAAAAUUGGAAUGGCAAGGAACGUUGGUGGGAUCGUGGUUUUUCGCAGGAACACAUCGAUUCGAGUGUAAAACCAGCGAGGACGGACGCACUUGCGAGUUUCGCCAGUCGGAGCAGUUCAGCGGGGUCGCAUUGCCCUUGUUAAGGCCCUUUUUGAGCGGAACCUCCAAAGGAUUUGAAAGAAUGAAUGAAGCGCUCAAAAAAGAGUGUGAGUCGAGGCCAUGA